AUGCCAAAGAAAUCGAAGAAAGAUGCCGGAGCUCCAGGCAAAGAAACGUUUAACCAGCCACUACUUGUUGAGUUCAAAAACCCAGCUACAGUGGUUCUGCUUCUAAACUUACCAGAGGAGGACAUACUUUUAAAAGAAUGUGAAGCAAUCUAUGCAUAUGCAGAGAAAGGAGAUGAGAACAGGGUUUCCCUGCUGCAAUUUGGGGCAUUGGAUCCUCUCUGCAGACUCAUCACUCACAGCAACAAACUUGUCAGAUGCAAUGCAUUCAUGGCCCUGGGCAUCAUGACCACCAAUGGUGAUGUAAAGAGUUCUCUGAUGAAAUUAAAUGUCAUUCCAACAAUUAUUGAGAAACUCUCACUUGAAGACGAUACAGUUGUCCAAGAGUUUGCAACACUGUGUCUGAACUCUCUGUCUGUGGAUGUAGUCUGCAAAAUCCAGAUCUUUGACAACAAUGGCCUGCCAACCCUAAUCCAGCUUCUAUCCAGCCCAGAUCCAGAUGUUAAGAAAAACUCACUGGAGAUCAUCUUCAACCUUGUUCAGGACUAUCAAAGUCGCCAGGUGGUACAUACAUUAGGUGGAAUCCCACCACUUUUGGAGCUGCUGAAGUCAGACUUCCCUGUCAUUCAGCAUCUGGCUUUAAAAACACUGGAAUGUGUCACUACUGAUAGGGACACACGCGACACCUUCAGGAAAGAGCAGGGAUUUGAGAAGCUCAUGGAUGUUCUCAAUAACAUGGGUUUCUGGGAUUUACAUGUUGGGACCUUAAAAGUAGUGGCUAACUGUUUGAGGGACAGUGAUCUGACGAAGUUGAUGGAAUUUUUGCUCGCUCCCAACAUGCCUGAAAUCCAGUCCACCACUGUUAAAUGCCUCAGCAGUGUGGCUCAGAAUUCUAUGGGUCGCAAACUGCUGCAUGAGCAGGAAAUAGAGAAAAUUCUUGUGGAGUUUCUGUCUGAGGCGGAUGUCAGCAUAAACACAUCUACCUGCCUGGCUGUGGCUGCCAUGAGCCUCCACCUAGCCAGCAAAGACAGUUUCCGAGAACUGGGUGGUAUUCCUGCGGUGGUACAAUUGCUGAAAAGUGAGAGCUUGGUCGUGAAAGAGGCAGCAACCCAGGCCCUCUAUAGUCUCACACAUAGCAGCCAGCUUAAUGCCCUAGCAGUAUAUGAGGCAGGGGGGCAUGAGGUCCUUGUCCAGCUGCUCCAUGAAAGCUGUCUGAAAACCGUUGCCAAUUCUGCUGCCACACUGUGCAACAUGGCGGGACAGGAGAUCAUCCGAUCCAGCCUUUUGUCCCAUGGAGUCAUACAGGCUCUGGUUGAGCCCUUGAAAUCCAAAGAUACGGAUGUUCUGGUCCACGCGGCCCUCUGUGUGGCCCUACUGGCCUGUGAUAUUGAAGCAAGGACAGAGUUUCAAAAAGCUGGAGGCCUUGAACCCCUGGCCAGUCUCCUGCAUUCAAAUUACAAAGACGUUCUGCAAAACGCCUGCUUUGCUGUGAAUGUUUGUGCCAGUGAUGGACCCACUGCUGUGGAGAUGUGCAAAUUCGGAGCCCUGGAAAAACUACAGGAAAUCAACCAGUCAGUGAAUCGUAGGAACCGUUUCAGCGAGUCAGCUAUGAAGACCCUGCUUAACUCCAACCUUUCUGUCAAAUACAGCCUAAUGGGACAUUUGGCCUCCACUGACAUUUUAACAACUGGCUUCUACGAUGCUGGGAAGGCUCGUUCAGGACAAAGGAUUCUGACUUUGGAAGAACUUUCCAAGCAGCCAGUCAACCAGGACCAACCCAUUAUUUUUGUCAACACUGAAAUAGAAACGAAGAAGAAAGAAAAACAAAUAGAUGAGGCACAGUUUGAUGCGCCGAAAGAGAAAGAUCAGGAUCCUCAAGCAUGGCACAUGAUUGAAGAUGUCUCGCUGCAGAUGUUAGUAAACAAGGCCAAGAGAUCCAUCCUCCCUUUGCAAGAUGAACAAGAGCAGUAUGCUGCCUUGGCCAGGCUGGUGAGUGAAGCUAUGGGUGGAGCAGUAGUGAAUUUCCAUGAAUUUCCAUGGAUGCUGCACCUCAGUGAGCUCAAGGUUCAGCUCCAGUCUAAUAUCGUUCCAAUUGGUUUGAUCGAUAGGGGGAUCUACUGCCACAGAGCACUUCUGUUCAAGUGUCUUGCUGACAGCAUUGGACUGAGCUGCACUCUUGUUAGGGGGGAGUACAAGCGGGCGUGGAAUGAGAUUCUUGUCUUCGGUGAAAACCCCUCCAGCAACCGGGGCUUCUCACAACCCCAGCGCUACAUAGUUGACCUGAUGCACCAGCCUGGAAGCUUACUGCCAGUCAAUUCCCGCUCUGCUCUCAAGUAUCAGACUAUAUAAACUUUUUUUUAGUGAAAGACAUUGUUUGAAUUUUAUUACAUCUUGCUUGUUCUUGGGUUAGGGUUAGGGUUGCUGUUGUUGAACCCUUUGGCUCUUUGUUGUUUUUGUUGCUGUUCUUGUUGUGUCGUUUGCAGUUUGUUUGUU